AUGGCCAGUGCGGAGGCCAAAAUGCGUCGCCACAGAUGCGGUAACUGCUUCGAUUGCCCCAGUUGCGGUCACAAUCUCUCUACGCGAGCCACCAUCGUGCUGGUGCCGUCGGCUGAGGGCGCCGCCUCAAAGGACGCCAACAAGUCGACCCCGCAGAAGGUGUACUACCUCACAUGCAACUUUUGCCGUUGGUCCACCCGCGACAGCGGCAUCGUCGAUCAGACGACUCCGGCGGGUGGUUGGCAGGAGUCGCCCAAUCCGCACGAACACCGCGUAAGUGCUGUGGGCAUUUUUUGCCGGAAGGGUGUUCAUCAAUCUCUCCCUGGGGCUGUGCGUCCACUGCCCUUCCAGAUUGUCACACAGCGACGAAUCACCCAUUCUAGAGGAGCAUAGGCGACAGAAAUCAAGAGCAUUUGAAUGGCAAUUUCCAGCUUAUUAGUCGUCAGCUGCGGGUGUCAAUGCUCCCGAGGUUUAAACGCGUUUUAAGUCUAAAGCUCCAUCUACUAGGACUACAGUGCGUGACCGAUCUCAUGAAAUGUUGGCCGAAAUUCUGGAAUGCGUGUUCGAUUAGGAAGGACUACUUAGGUGGUGUUGUAAUAUUCACUAGCUUGCAUCAUAAUCCCAUGGUACUUCAGACUCUCCAGGGUGUCAGCUCUUGAAUGCCCUUCUUUUUGACCUCCUGCAGAAACCUCACUCAGUAAAAAAUGACUCCUUAAGUAGCAUACAUUUUUCAACAUUGAUUUUCGGUGGUCUUAUAAAUUCAGAUACAUUUUAUACAAAACAUGCACAAAAAUAUGCCUUCUUUUACUCCUUUGGUAGGAAAUCACAUUAUCUUCAUAUUUUAUACCUGAAUAAAGUGUAUAUUUAGGUUUUGAAAAAGUUCCUAAUUAUGGGAUUUUUAAGACCGUGCGAUGUCCAUGCCUAUAGAACCGCACAUGUCCGUUUACCAAUGCUCCUCAUAAAAUGUAUAACGCAGUCCGGAUCCAUCGCAAAAUUUUAUAAACUCUAUAUAGUAUCUUCCUGAAAGCAUAGGGGAGUAUAUGAUUUUCCUUAUGCGGCAAGCAUGCACCUUGCAGAAUGAAAUCGUUAAACGCUAAUGCAAUGGCAGAUCAGGCUCGAAGUUAUUCGGGAAUUGGAAGGCUUUUUUAAAACCUAAAUAUACACUUUCUUCAGGUAUAAAAUAUGAAAAUAAUGUGAUUUUCUACCAAGGGAGUAAAAGAAAACCUAUUUUUAUGCAUGUUUUCUAUAAAAUGUAUCUGAAUUUAUAAGACCACCGAAAAUCAAUGUUGAAAAAUGCAUGCCCUUUAAGUAGUUAUUUUUUUACCGAGUGUGGUUUCCGCAGGAGGUCAAAAAGAGGUGCACUGCAAAGCCGACAUCCUGAUGAGUCCGAAAUGCUAUAGGAUUAUGAUGCACGCUAAUGAAUAUUGCAACACCACCCAAGUAGUCCUUCCUAAUCGAAAACGCAUUCCAGAAUUUCGGCCAACAUUUCAUGAGAUCGGUUACGCAUUGUACCUGACAAUCCCCACUUUGGCUGAACUAGGAGAUGUGGGGUACCACUGGCCGAUGAUGACUAACUAGUCAUCGUCUUUACUGACCGUACUCCUCGUCGGUAAGAUCUUUUCUGUUUGACCAGCUUGUCCAGGAUUUUUCCAUUGGAAGGUUUUUGACGUGGUCGAAAUAUGGGGGCCGUCCAAAUGACCCGCCGUUAGGGCUCUGUAUUUCAACCCUGUCUCGACUCUGACGGGUUUUCUCAAGCAGGAGCAAAGUAGAAACGCGUUUUUAUUCUCAGUAAAGCCGAUUGAACCCCCUCAAGGUCGUUGUCCUCGUCAGCAAGGCGAACCAUUUAGCAGGGGAGGUUGGUGAGCGUUAUUUGGCACGCACAAAAACGGCCAUGAUGGCCAGAUCUGCUCAAGCCUUUGUGUUGCGGACAUGACGCCGGCCCUAAAUGCUGGAAGUCAGGAGUUGAACUCUGCCAGGGAAAUACCAUUUUGGUUAUUUUUUUACGAGAGUCUGAAAAGUUCGGUUGUUUUUGAGGUAUGACUAUCUGUUUUUAUGCCUCGUAUUUCGCACUUCAAGGCCAUGGAGAGGUAGGACACUAGCAGGGUUGGACUCAGACAGCAGCUGUUUCGCGCCAGACACCUAUGACCGGACGAAAAUCGAUUCACAUAAACUCACGACAUACCUGGUUCCUAGAACGCAUCUCACUGUCAGGGGAUGAAACCAAUUUUCCCGGAGACGCCGUUUAGAUUGGAGCGUGUCCAUCCCAACUGAAAAACCAUUGAGAACGCCAAGAGUAGAAUGCUGGGUUCCGAUUGAAGGCCCUACCAGCCAUAUGCGUUUAUCACACCCUGGAUCGAGUUGCAUACUCCAACUUGAAAUGCACGUACGGUAGAUAUUAAGCGAAAUUCUGAAAUGUGUUUUCAAUUCGAAAAGAUUACCUAAGUAGGGUUGCCAUGUUAGUUAUCGUGUCGCAUAUUGCUAAGAUAUUACAGUCACGUCAAGAUGCCGGCUUUCGAACGAGUUCCUUAUCGACCGCCUGCGUAAACCACAUUCCUCAAACAUGACUACUUAGUGGGAAUUUUCUCCAUUGAUUUUCGAUGCCUUUGCAAAUUCAAAUAUUUUAUCGGAAACGCGCACAAAAUACUCCUCCUUUUACUCAUUUGAUAGCGAAUUACAACUUCUUCAGGGUUCAUACUUGAAGAAAGAGUAUCUUUUAGUUACAAAAAAGUUUCUAAUUAUGAGGUUUUCCAAGUCCUUGGAAUGUCCAAUCGUAAAGCAUCGCAUCAUCAUAUUCAUUAAUGUUGUUUAUAAACUGGGUAACGUAGUCGAUUUCUAUAACAAUUUUUGGGAGCUUCAUAUGUCAUCUUCUUAAUAUAGUAUAGAAAUGUAUGAUUUUACUUAUACAGAAAGUAUAUAGCGUAUAGUCUGGAAACCCAAAAUGCAACUGUAGCGUCAGGUCUGGUUAAAAAUUAUUCCGGGGUUGAGGCCGUUUUCUGAAAAUAGAAAGAUACUCUUUCCUCAAGUAUAAAGUUCUAAGAAGUUGUAAUUUGCUAUCAAAUGAGUGAAAGAAAGAGUAUUUUCCCAUAAAAUAUUUGAAUUUGUAAAGGCAUCUAGAAUAAAUGGGAAGAAUUAACGCUACUCAAGUAGUCAGUUUUUACGGAAUGUAGUUUACGCAGGCGGUUGCCAGGAAGCUCGUUGGAAAGCCGACAUCCUGAUCUGACUGAAACAUCUUGACAUUACGCGACACGAUAAUCAACACGACAACCCUACGCAAUUAAUCAUUUCAAAAUGAAAACACAUUUCAGAAUUUCGCCCAACUUUUCAUGUACUUGUACUUGGUACAGCUGUGAUUACGUCUGACCUGGCCCGCCCCGAUGAUAUCGCUGAUUGUACCUCUGCACUCGUGACGAUCUGCGAUAGCGGAUCUGCAGAGUUCGACCACUGUCUUCUCUACCGGUCGAGACCGACCACCCAAGAUCUAAGGACCACUUCCAUUUCUUGGCGAACUGUGCCGAGUUGGGUUUUAAGCUAACUCCUUCACGUGGGCAACGACGCCAGAUCAAAGGCAGCAAAGUUGAGCUCAUGAGUCGGACGAUGAUGAAAGUUUUCGUUGGAUUGUUCGAGACAUCCCCGCGAUGUAGUCGCAGUGAGCGUGGACGAAAUCGGUGUACUGAACACGAAGGAUGGUCGCCAAGCUGCGGCGAUCGGCACCUUCAGCGUUCGCGCAUCCACGUGCACAACCCAACGUUCACAACCCUUUGGGAGGACUGGCCGGACGCAUGCUCAAUGCACGUGGACCUUUGUGGCAAUGGAGAUGCUGCGUCGGGUUCAUAGACACUUUCCGAAGAUCGUUAAAAUUCUGCCUCGGACAUUUAUUGGCGUCUUGGGGGCUUGGAAUACAGGCGAGUCCCCAACAGCCGAUCGACUUGUUUGUUCAAGGUUUCCUCUCCUAGUAUUUUGACUCAAAAAUCGGUCGGAUGUGGUUUGGUAACCCCACCUGAAGUAAACAAACCCCAGUCACCUCUAAUACGGGACCGGUGGUAAUAGGGGUUUUUACAGGUGGAGCCGGGGAACGCACAGGCGACGAGGUCAAGUAGUUGUGGGCCAAAGAAAAGCUGUUGGGAGUGCGUUGUUGUACUUUCAAUGGUUGAGAAAUAGUUGGGCUAACCCCUAACUAUAGCUCCUUAUCCUAAACCCCAACAGUAGUGUCCACCAGUUGGGGCUACCAAACCACAUCUUACCCAAAAAUCUAGCCACAAGGCAUCGGUGUCAAGCAAACUUCUUUGGUAACGGUUCACGGUCGCCAUGUCACAGCACCGCCAUCGGUCUUUGCGGCGUCGCUGGACUGACUAGCCGUAUUGCCCUGCCUGGGUUGUAGCUAGCAUCCGUUGGCGAAGGCCUCUGGAGAAGCUUGCUGGUGACCGAUAGACAACCUGGAAAGCUUCUUUGGCAUCGACUCGGUGAUUCGUAUCGACAAGAUGUGCGAGAAUAGGACUCGAAAUCGAUUACUUUUCACCUCUGUCUAGCCAGGCCGGUAUGUGUUCAUGUGCUCUCUUUUCCAGACCCCUCGUUGUACGGCCAAUGUAUCUCGCUCCAUAGGAGCGAAUGAAUAAGCAAAUACACGUCAUCGUGGGAACGAUGAGCGUUAAUAGCUUCUGAGUCACCUAUAAACCCCGUGAACUUCGCAUAUUUUCAAUUUGGAUGUAACUAUUAUGGGUCGGAUAUGGUCUGGUAGUCCCACCUGAAGUAAACAGACCCCGGUCACCCUUAAUACGGGACCGCAGGUAAUAGGGGUUUUUACAGGCGGAACCGGGGAACGCACAGGCGACGAGGUCAAGCAGUUGUAUGCAAAAGAAAAGCUAUUGGGAGUGCGUGGUUGUACUUUCACUGGUUGAGAACUAGUUGGGCCAACCCCUAACUAUAGCUCCUUAUCCUAAACCCCAACCGCUAGCCCUAACCCCAACCCCAAAAGUAUUGUGUCCAUUAGGUGGGGCUGCCAAACCACAUCUUACCCAAAAAUCUAGCCACAAGGCAUCGGUGUUUAGCAAACUUCUUUGGCAACGGUUCACGGUCGCCGUGUCACAGUGCCGUCAUCGGGCUUUGCGGCGUCCCAUACCUCAGCCCCCUUGAAUGCCUAUUCGCCACAUCCGAGAGCCUGCUUGUUCGCAGAAGGUCGUUCCACUAUCCGCCACCCAUGGAGACCCCGACUAUCCGCCAGCCAGACUAACGUGUGCCCGUCUUCCGAUGUUUGGUUAAAUCCAAUUCUUUUUUGGGAAAAUUUCCACACAAAUACUCCUUGUUUCAAAUCUUGUAGUAAAUAACGUCAUCCUGUCUGGCUGAGUAGGUUUCUUCUGCUUUAGGCGUGUGUACUGCAGUGACCUACUAUCCACAAUUAUGUUAAUGUUUUUUCCAUAAUACAGAUCUGUUGCCUUAUUGCAUUCGCACCGGGAGGUCCAUUCAUGUGCCAUGGAGAGAAUUACGAGAUUUUGACCCAACCGUGAAAAACUAGACGACCUCGGUGAAAUUGUUUGCCCAUAAAGCACAUACCAUGUGAUUUGGGGACUUAAGCAAUAAGUGAAACUUCUGGUCACUUUCUAAAACACCCAGAAAUUACUGCAUUUCUUUACUUACGAGGAAUAAGUCGCCCUAGCAGGCACAGGUUGCAAGAAGGCGCUGUUUUGUACAAAUUCGAUGUUGUAGGUAAGUAUUCUAUGCCUCCACUCCAGGAAAUAUGAUAGAAAUGAGAUGGUUGUUUGUUCAUGACUUGAGCCCAACAAAGACAGACUACCUGAUUUAGGAAACCAAUGAACGGACGUUUAAAGGAUGUACUAUUCAAGUGAAUCACGUCACUCAUGUAAUGUUUCCUUGCGCGUGUGACUGACUUAGGUGGCGUAAAAUACCCUCAACCAGGACUUGAAUCGUUACCUCGGACAAUUUAAUCAGAACUUAUGUGUACUAGUAAUCAGUGUUGCGAUCCAAAUGAAGUAAUCGUUAUAUGAAAACAUAGUUGGAUACUUCCACCAGCAAGUCGAAUGUCUUGUUCUGGUAGCGAAAAUCUUUACAAUCUUAGAUUGCCCCAGUAACUGUUGACGUCUCAGCCCCGCUCACUUGGGCCUUCGUCGUCAGUGUCGUCGUAUUUACUGCUGGUCGCAUUCUUUAUUUGUCCUUUCGUCUAUGCUUCGUUCCCCGUAUAGUCUAGCCCAAAUUAUCACAACCAACUGAGGCACUGUUGGCGUAGGUUUUAGUCCUUUUCUACGGUCUUCCGUGUAACUUUUGCAUCGGCGCCGUCCUGCCUUGUUGGGCGCGUUAGAAGAGAAGACGGCAAGAUCUGCACACGCAACUCCUGCAUUGGCGUGCGUUUUGAGUGAAGCGUGAUCCAGGGUUUAGGACCCUUCUAUUCAUUGAUUGGCCACGCGCCGCUUUGCUGUUUGGGUUUUGUGCCGAUGCGAGUCACAGGAAGCAGUCGGGAGGCGGGAGACGCAGUCGCUGAAACGAGAGUUUUUAUUCGUCUGGCGUUUCGUGCCCACAUUCAGAUUCAUCAUCAGGGGCAGAAUCAGGUAGGCGGUAACGUCUUGCACAAGUGUUGUUGCAGUGCUUGUUUCGCCUGGCAAGACUGGGUGGCCGCCUCGUACAUCGCAGUUGGCUGCACGUGGGGCAAUAAUUAGGUCGGAUGCGGUUAUGUAGCCCCACCUGAAGUAAACAAACCCCAACCACCUCUAAUGCGAGACCGAUGGUAAUAGGGGGUUUUUACAGUUGGGGCAGGGGAACACACAGUCGACGAAGUCAAGUAGUUGUAUGCAAAAGAAAAGCUAUUGGGAGUGCGUGGUUGUACUUUCAAUGGUUGAGAAAUAGUUGCAUUAACCCCCCAACCCUAAUCCUAACUAUAACCCCUUAUCCUAAACCCUUCCCCGUAAACAUGACCCCUUACCCUGACGGUCGGAUCUUAUUUCGUAGCCGUACCUGCAUUCGACAAGCCCCAGCCUAACCACUAACCUUAACAUCUCACCCCAACCCCCUAACCCUUAUCAGGUACGGCUACGAAAUAGGAUCUUGCCCGCCUACGUACAAGAACUCCUAAGAAACGCUGCGUCUCGUUCUUCCCACUCUCGAUCGUAAAUUCGAUCAUCGCAUAUACCUCGUCCAUUGUCCGAGGUAGUAAUUUCCCGUCUCUUGAGUUAUUGCCUGACAAGGACGUCAUCCACAUAUCAUUUACAGGAUGCAAACCGUUGCAAGUUUUGGGUCAGUUUUCGCACGACACGAAGAUGUCUGUUAG